UAAGAUCGGCCAAAACUCUGCCGUUUUCUAUGGCGUCAAAAUGGUCGAGGCGGAGCCCCAGUUCUCUGCUGUUGACGACUCUCCCUCUUGCGAAGAAACCAUUUUCCAGGAGUUUUGCAAUGAAAAGUUUGCCAACUCAAAAACAACACCUGUUCUCAGCAGGAAGCGCUUUGACAGGAUUCUGAACUACUUGAAAGACCCGCAAAGUUGCGCGGACAGCAAACUCAAGUUCUACAUUAAGAAGAAUAACUUCUUCAAAAUAACAUUUCCGGACACGGGCGAGGAAGAAACCAUCGCAAAAAAGGAACAGGAUAAUAUACUGAAGAGAGUGGUGUGCUAUGAAGAUUUUUACAGUAUUAUAAAGGAAUACCAUGGGAAUGUUGUGAAGCAUGCUUCUUCAAGGAAAACAUUCAAAGCGAUCCAGGAGCAGUAUGCUCUUAUACCCAGAGAAGCUGUUGAGAAAUACUGCAGCAUCUGUAUGGUAUGCAAGCUCAGGGUUAACCAGAAGAAUACCACGUUAUUGAAGCCUGAUAUUGCCAGAGGAAUCAGAAAAUGCUGUCAAGCCAACUUUCGAUUUAAAGAGCCUGGGGAGUUCAAGCUGGUGCUGGUAGUUCGUGAUGAUCUCAAGAUGGGGAAAGGCAAAGUUGCAGUUCAGUGUUGUCAUGCAACUUUAAAAGCAUACAAACAAACUCAAAAGAAGAAUCCAAGACUACUAAGAGCAUGGGAGAUGAAUGGACAACCAAAGGUGAUUUUGAAGGUAGAAGAUGAAGCCACUAUGCAUGAUGUAAUCUCAUUGGCCAUGGAUGCUGGGAUGAUUGCAAGUCUUGUUCACGAUGCUGGCUGCUCACAGAUUGCACCGGAUUCACCCACUGUUCUUGGCUUGGGACCAGGAUCUGUAGACGUGCUUGACCAAAUUACUGGACAUCUUAAAUAUUACUAAUGUUUACAUGUUAUAUAGACUAUAUUUUAUUGAUACUGUAUGUGGAAAUUGUUAUUUAUAUAUAAUUGCAAUUGCUAUUCAUGCUGAAUAAAUUUAUAUAUUUUAAAA